CACCAACAGAAUGCUUUUCGGCACACAGAAAACCGACCUCGACGUAUUGUUGAAUCGUCCACGUCCCACCAAAUGGCAAGAAUUCUGGUCUAACCCGUGCAUAUUUCUUGCGCAUUUCUUAUACACUCGUCGUCGCAUUAUCCACGAGCCUCCCGCAAAUCCCAUCUCUGCUGUGUGCAUAUCAGACACGCAUAAUUCUCAACCUCAUCUACCCUUCGGAGAUAUACUCAUUCACGCCGGAGAUCUUACACAGUCAGGAUCGUUAGGAGAGCUAAAGGCUACUAUUGCUUGGCUCAACUCUCAACCACACACACACAAGGUUGUCGUGGCAGGAAACCACGACUUACUGCUCGAUCAAGGCUGUGAUCGUCGGGGGCAAGCAGCAGCUGAAGGAGAAUGCCUAGACUGGGGAGACUGCAUUUAUCUUGAGAAUGAGACCACAACCGUUACCUGCGACAGCGGACGAAGUUUGAAGAUAUAUGGAUGCCCUCUAUCACCUCACCACGGAAACUGGUCGUUUCAAUACCCGCGAAGCAAAGAUGUUUGGUCAGGUACGGUUCCGAACGAUAUUGAUGUUCUCGUCACUCACGGCCCUCCUUUUGCCCAUCUCGAUCUAAAUCUCGGAUGUUAUUAUCUUCUUCAAGCGCUUUGGCGCACCCGUCCUCUGCUGCAUGUUUUCGGGCAUGUACAUGAAGGAUAUGGGCAGGAAUCUGUGGUUUUUGAUAGACUGCAGAAGACAUAUGAGAAGGCUUUAUGUGAUGGAAACUUAUGGAGUUUAAUGAAGCUAUCCAAGGAGUUUUUGAGAUCGCUACCAACGAGAAAGAAGCAGGUGACGACGACCUGUCAGCUUGUGAACCCAGCAAUGGUUGGCGGACUAAGAGAUAAUGAGAAGAGACAACCAAUCAAAGUUAUUAUUUAA